AUGGAAAUCGGGGACAGAAUACAGGUACACACGUACGCGUACCCACCUGAGUUACACAAACACACCCUCACCGUCUACCACCAGCGCCUGCCGCUCGGGGCCUUGCUGCUCGGCUGCAUCAUCAGGCCAACCUCUUCACGGCCCCUCCUCGCCGCAGCCGUCGCCGCAGAGGCGGGCUACGGAUACUGCAGCAUGACGCUCACUCGCGGCAGCGCGGCGUUGGGAUACCGCUGGGAGGACCUCGCGGCUGACUACUCGGCCUCGCCUGCGGUGGACGGCCCUGACUGUUAA